AUGAGAAGGCGGGAGGGCCACCAGGUGACACACCUGACAGGACCCAAAACCCAGAACAGAGCAGGCAGACUGGAGCAGGAUCCAAAGGCCCCCGGGCCCUGCAGCAGACUAGAACAAGAUCCAACAGUCAGCGGAGGCCCCGGGCCUCCAAGCAGACUAGAACAAGAUCCAAAGGCCCCCGGGCCUCCAAGCAGACUAGAACAAGAUCCAAAGGCCCCCGGGCCUCCAAGCAGACUAGAACAAGAUCCAAAGGCCCCCGGGCCUCCAAGCAGACUAGAACAAGAUCCAAAGGCCCCGGGGCCCUGCAGCAGACUAGAACAAGAUCCAACAGUCAGCGGAGGCCCCGGGCCUCCAAGCAGACUAGAACAAGAUCCAAAGGCCCCCGGGCCUCCAAGCAGACUAGAACAAGAUCCAAAGGCCCCGGGGCCCUGCAGCAGACUAGAACAAGAUCCAACAGUCAGCGGAGGCCCCGGGCCUCCAAGCAGACUAGAACAAGAUCCAAAGGCCCCCGGGCCCUGCAGCAGCAGAGGGGGACUAGAACAAGAUCCAAAGGCCCCCGGGCCUCCAAGCAGACUAGAACAAGAUCCAAAGGCCCCCGGGCCUCCAAGCAGACUAGAACAAGAUCCAACAGUCAGCGGAGGCCCCGGGCCUCCAAGCAGACUAGAACAAGAUCCAAAGGCCCCCGGGCCUCCAAGCAGACUAGAACAAGAUCCAAAGGCCCCCGGGCCUCCAAGCAGACUAGAACAAGAUCCAAAGGCCCCCGGGCCCUGCAGCAGCAGAGGGGGACCCUGUGUCCGUGUGGACUAG